AUGACAGCACCGAAGGUCGGCAUCAACGGCUUCGGCCGCAUCGGCCGCCUCGUCCUGCGCGCCGCCAUCGAGAAGGGAACGUGCCAGGUCGUCGCCAUCAACGACCCGUUCAUCGACCUCGACUACAUGGCCUACAUGCUCAAGUACGACUCGACGCACGGCCGCUACGCCGGUGACGUCUCCAUCAAGGACGGCAAGCUGCAGGUCGACGGCAACUCCAUCACCGUCUUUGCCCACCGCGACCCCGCCGAGAUCCCGUGGGCCACGGCCGCCGCCGACUACAUCGUCGAGGCCACCGGCGUCUUCACGCUCAAGGACAAGGCCGCCGCCCACUUCAAGGGCGGCGCCAAGAAGGUCGUCAUCUCGGCCCCCUCCAAGGACGCCCCCAUGUUUGUGUGUGGCGUCAACGAGGCCAAGUACACCCCGGACUUGGACAUCAUCUCCAACGCCUCGUGCACCACUAAUUGCCUCGCCCCCCUCGUCAAGGUCAUCCAUGAGAAGUACGGCAUCGAGGAGGGCCUCAUGACCACCGUUCACGCCACCACCGCCACGCAGAAGACCGUCGACGGUCCCAGCAACAAGGACUGGCGCGGCGGCCGCGGCGCUGGCGCUAACAUCAUCCCGUCCAGCACCGGCGCCGCAAAGGCCGUCGGCAAGGUCAUGCCCGAGCUCAACGGUAAGCUCACCGGCAUGGCCUUCCGCGUCCCCACCCCCGACGUCUCCGUCGUCGAUCUCACCGUCCGCCUCGCGUCCGAAACUACCUACGAGGACAUCAAGGCCACCAUGAAGGCCGCCGCCGACGACUCCAUGAAGGGCAUCAUGAAGUACACCGAAGACGCCGUUGUCAGUACCGACUUUAUCCAUGACGACGCGUCGUGCAUAUUUGACGCCAGCGCGGGCAUCAUGCUUAACAGCAAGUUUUGCAAGCUCGUCGCAUGGUACGACAAUGAGUGGGGAUAUUCUAACCGCGUCGUUGACCUCAUCGCACACAUCUCCAAGGUCCAGUAA